CCGUGUAAUCAAGGCUUGCAUUCGCUUAUCACGACUGACUUGGCUACAAGUCGAGUUGUUGUGGUUGUCAAAGACAGCAAAGACCACACGGCCUGCGAUUCCCACCGCCAGUGCCAUAGCGCCUGCCCCGGAUUUUUUCUUCCCGCCUCUUGAGAAGAUCAUCUCAGUUGCCGUCUGUACAUUCUACAUUGUUCAUACUAUACCAAUAUUUCAUCCUCAGCACAUCCCGAGCUUGUAUAUUACUCGAUCUGUACCUUCUAUUGCCUGCGCUCGACAUGCUCGCCGAUUUCCCCGCAUCCAGGUGAAGCAGCGGUGGACGUUCUUGGACAUACAUACGAAGAAAUUUAAUGAAACAUGUUUGCACAGUGCAAACCACCAAUCUGGCGCGUCGAUGACUUGACACCAUGCUUCCAGGCAGACUACCUCCAGACCCUCUUUCCACUGUUAGCAUGUGCACUAUCCGUCCUGUUGUUACUCCUUCAAAUAGGUCGCCAGAGACUGAAAGCCCAACGCCGGAAAGCGUUCCAUAACAUCCUGAUCAAUGUCGAUGACGAUGAAGUCUCGACAGAGGAAGAGGAGGAUGAAGAUUCGCUGGCAAGGCUCACGCUUCAGAAGACGCAUAGUCGUGGUGCUAUGUCCAUCAAGGACGUUGAUAGGCCGACCGGGGAGGUCUUGCUAGUCACAGUGGAAUUCUUACUGGUAUUGACUCAGCUGGUGGUCAACAUUGUCACCAUCUUCGACUCAUCGAACCGUCGAAAGCACGCUGCCGUCGCCGAAACCGUUGCCUCUGUCUACCUUGCAGUCCUCGCUGGAACUCGCCUCCUGGCUUCGACCACGAUUUGGGAAUCGCCAGUCAAGAGCUUAUGGAGCCACAGUGCAGCACUAUACCUUACACAAUGGCUCAACACAGUUUGGGUGUUCCGCUCGGCACUUCUUCACCCCGUCGACCGACUAAUGCAAAGCAUGACGAUCGUCUCAUUCAGCAUCACGAGUGUGCUGGUGGUCAUUGCACUUUGUUCACGAAAGGGAAACAAGGGUGUUUUGCUCGAGUAUGAAGGCGAUAUUGAACCGUCCCGAGAACCCUUGGCUAGCGUGCUCUCCCUAGUGACAUUUUCCUGGGUCGAUCCGAUAGUGUGGAAAGGUUACAAGAAGCCUCUCGAUCUCGCAGACGUAUGGAAUGUUUCUUUGGCCGAUAAGGCCGAGACUGUUCUCGCCCAAUUUCGACAAAUUGCGCAAGCGCAUUCACUCGCUGUCCGGCUCUUGUUGCACUUCAAGAAGGAUUUACUCAUUCAGGGCGCAUGGUGCAUGCUGGCCAGCAUUUUCAUGUUCCUGCCCACCCUCCUUCUCAAAGCCAUUCUGGAAUAUCUGGAGAAUACCGAUAGAAUCCCACGAAGUGCCGCAUGGCUGUACGUUGUGCUCCUUUUCGCUACUGGAGCAGUGCAGGCCGUUAGUGAUGGUCAAGCAUUGUGGAUCGGCAGGAAGAUCUGUAUUCGACUUCGCGCCAUCAUAGUCGGUGAGAUCUAUUCAAAAACGCUCAGAAGAAAGGCAGCAGCAGGUACAGACUCCGAACAAGAGAAGAUUCCGCCCAAAUCCAAAGCGUCUCUCUCUCUCAGGUUCAAAUCAAUGCUGAAAAGCAAAGGCCUACGCCUUCGGAAGAGCCCUGAACCUGAAGCUACGCCAUCAAAGGCUGGUAAUACUCGGACCAAUAAUGGCACGAUUAUCAAUCUCAUGUCGAUCGAUUCCUUCAAAGUGGCCGAAAUCUGUGCCUACCUACACUUCUUGUGGGCCGCAGUUCCGGUCCAACUUGUCAUGGCCGUUGCAUUGUUGUACAAGGUUUUGGGCUACAGCUCCUUUGCAGGCAUCGUCAUGAUGAUAUUUAUCUUGCCAUUGAAUCUCUUCAUUGCCAAAUCAUUCCAAGCUGCGCAGAAAAGGAUUAUGACUGCCACAGAUGGUCGGAUCCAUGUCACAAAUGAAGUCUUGCAAAAUAUCAGGAUCAUCAAGUAUUUUGCAUGGGAACAGCGCUUUCAGAACAAUGUCAACGAGAAGAGACACAUUGAACUAUCUGCCUUGUGGCGGAAGUAUGUGCUGUGGGCCAGUGCAGCUACUAUCUGGAGUGGAGUACCCAUCUUGAUCACAUUCACGUCUUUCCUCAUUUACACUAAGAUUGAAAAGCGACCUCUUGUCCCAUCUGUCGCCUUCCCGGCCCUGUCAAUGUUCUCUCUGCUGCGAAUACCCUUGGACCAACUUGCAGACAUGGUGGCCCAUGUGCAGGAAUCAAAGGUCUCGGUAGACCGUGUUGAAAAGUUUCUGGACGAAGAGGAAACUGAAAAGUAUGUACAAUUGCGACAGAGCAGGAGAAGAAGUAUGCCAACCACUCGAAUCGCCCUUGACAAUGCAACAUUAACAUGGGGCAUUUCUGAGAGUGAUGCUGCCGAUGCUUUCCGUUUGAUCAACAUGGAUGUGGACUUUCCUCUGGGUCAACUCAGCGUGAUCGCUGGCCCAACUGGUUCAGGGAAGACAUCUUUACUCAUGGCACUGCUUGGUGAAAUGCAGCUACUUAACGGACAAGUUCAUAUCCCAGGAGGUUCUGUGCGACAAGAUCUGCGACCAGACCCCUACACAGGUCUGACUGAGAGCGUGGCCUACUGCGCACAGCAAGCAUGGCUUGUGAAUGCCACCAUCAAGGACAACAUUCUUUUCGCGAGUCCCUAUGACGAAGACCGUUAUCACGAGGUCAUUUCUAUUUGUGCUCUUGAGCGCGACUUGGAGAUACUCGACGCUGGUGACAUGACUCUGGUUGGCGAAAAGGGAAUUACCCUCUCUGGCGGUCAAAAACAGAGAAUAUCCCUCGCAAGGGCCAUCUACUCGAAUUCUAAACAUCUCCUGCUGGAUGACUGUCUCAGCGCGGUGGAUGCACAUACGGCGAAACACAUUUUCGAGGAGGCUUUGACUGGCACCCUGAUGACGAACCGGACCUGCAUUUUGGUUUCGCACAAUGUUUCCUUGACAAUUCCCCUGGCUAGUCAUGUUGUUGUACUAGACAACGGCAAAGUUACCGCCCAAGGAACGCCGGAAGAAGUCGCAGACUGUGGCGCACUCGGUGAAGAAUUGCUGAAAUCCCGCCCUGUAUCAAGAGCAGCGUCUCAGGGCCCUUCAAGAGUCUCUUCCAAUCUCGAGGAAGAGACUUCGAAAUUGUCCGGAGGUAACGGCCAUGUUGGCCCAGGAUCACGCAUGAGAGAUACCGCCAGGAUCAAAGCCAAACUCAGUAAGGCAGAAAAGGAAUUUGUCGAUUCUCGUCUAGAGGCCAAAGCAACUGGAAGUGUCAAGUGGUCGACUAUCAAGAUGUAUCUGCAGGCUAUGGGCCCUUGGUACUACUGGAUUUUUGCUGCCUGGGGCUUCAUUGCCACUCAGUUAGGCUCUGUUGCUACCAAUCUCUGGAUCCGGCAGUGGGCGAAUGCUUACCACCUGCGCCAGACCGAUGGCGCCCAUGCAGUCGUUCAAGGCAUACAUCAAACAGCAGUGGUAUCUCCAAAGUUGGGUGGUGGAUUUUACCAGCUUCCGCAGACUCUGGCCAAUGCAGGCACGCUAAUGGUUGAAUCGCUCUACCACGUCGAUGCGUGGUACUAUCUAGGUAUCUACGCUGUGAUCGGUGCUGUCUACGUCUUCAUCUGCUUUGCAAGGGAGUUAAUCCUCUUCUGGGGCUCGAGACGUGCUUCCUGGCAGCUGCAUGAGAAGCUAUUGACAAGCAUUCUACGCGCCAAGUUCAGAUUUUUUGAUUCGACGCCUUUGGGCCAACUCACCAAUCGAUUCUCCAAGGACAUCCAGGCAUUGGACCAAGAAGUCGCGCCUGUUGCGAUAGGCAUGCUUCACAGUGCUGCUUCUGUCUUGACCAUUGUGGUGCUUAUCUCAGCAAUCACUCCGGGCUUCCUCAUUCCUGGCUUCUUCAUCACCAUUAUGUAUGUUUUGACUGGUCUGUUCUAUAUUCGAUCGUCACGCGACCUCAAGCGCAUAGAAGCCAUUCAACGAAGCCCUCUAUUCCAACAUUUCGGAGAGACUUUGUCUGGUGUUGUUACAAUUCGGGCUUACGGGGAUGAGUCGCGUUUCAUCAAUGAGAGUCACCUCCGAGUCAACACUCACAAUAGGCCGUUCAUCUAUUUGUGGGCCACCAAUCGAUGGUUAGCAUUCAGAAUCGACAUUGCUGGGGCUUUGGUUUCCUGCUUUUCAGCUAUGUUUGUCGUUCUCAACGCUGGCAAGAUUGACCCCGGAGCUGCUGGUCUGGCACUUUCGUAUGCCAUUACAUUCACCCAGAACGUGCUAUGGUUGGUGCGACUCUAUGCUUCAAACGAACAAAAUAUGAAUGCGGUUGAGCGACUCCAGGAAUACAUUGAUGUUGAUCAAGAGGCACCAGCGAGCAUUCCGGAGACACAACCAGCUUCAAAUUGGCCAAGCCAUGGAGGUGUGGAGUUUGUUGGGUACACCACGAGGUACAGGCCUGACCUCGAUCCUGUGCUUAAGAAACUUACAUUUCGCGUCGAGCCCGGACAAAAGGUUGGUAUUGUGGGAAGAACUGGUGCUGGCAAAAGUUCGCUCGCUCUGGCGCUCUUCCGUGGGCUGGAAGCUGAGGAAGGGAAGAUUCUUAUCGACGAUGUUGAUAUCGGUCUCAUUGGCCUUCAAGAUUUGCGUGAAGCCAUUACAAUUGUUCCUCAAGAUCCGACCCUUUUCAGCGGUACUUUGAGGAGCAAUUUAGAUCCAUUCGAGCUCUUCACAGACGAGGAAAUCUUCACUGCACUUCGGCGAGUUCAACUCAUCUCCGGACCAACGGAUGGCUCGCAACGUUCUGGCUCCGAAACGCCAAAUCUGGUGUCGAGCAGGUCUCCUACACUUCGAGACAGUUCCAUCCCUGCAGAGAGUCAUGCGUCCAUAUCCGGAAAUGGGACAAUCAGCUCGGGGUCGACCUUGACACAAUAUGCGACCAAUUCCAAGGAUAACAAGAACGUCUUCCGAGAUUUGUCGUCCCCUGUUGCAGAAUCGGGUUCCAAUCUCUCACAAGGACAGCGACAGCUGUUGUGUCUUGCCCGAGCAUUGCUAAAAGCACCGAAGGUUUUGGUAAUGGAUGAAGCCACAGCAUCGAUUGACUAUGCUACGGACUCUAAGAUCCAAGACACUUUGCGUGAGCUGAAGAACAACACCAUUCUCACCAUUGCACAUCGCCUGGCGACAAUUGUUGAUUAUGAUCGAGCCCUGGUGCUUGAUAAGGGCGAGGUAAAAGAGUAUGCGUCCCCAUGGGAGCUUAUCAACAGGGAAGGUGGAAUGUUCAGGUCGAUGUGUGAGACUUCUGGAGAUUUUGAUGCCCUGUACGCAGGAGCGAAAAAGGCAUGGCAGGAGAAGAGAUUGAUUGAUGACUCUUAGCGAAAUGGGACGCCGCACACAUGGUCGUGUCCAGUCACCUAAUUUGAUCGUUUCAUAGCGUGGGCGGUUACGUUGUAUUGAAUGUAUAGAGGCUUAACAAAAACGUGGGGUGGCGGUGGUCAGUUUACCCAUUUGUAUAGCUUAGGAUGCAUAUUGUAUGUACAUAUGAUUGUCCUCGGGACAAAGGAAAUAACUAAAGGCGUCAUGCCGAUUGCGACUCCCUUGA